AUGACAUCCUCUCGGGACGAGGGUAACGAGACGGACGAGGAAACAGAAGACAAUCCGCGAGCCUGGGAGAGAGUCGAAGGCUGUUCCGCUCUCGUGCACAUCCGCGUCCGUCUGCAGCCCCGGCCGUCUCAAGAUGCAAGAGAACCACGCGACUGCGCCCUCGCACGCGGAAAAGAAGCUCCAGAGGAGACGCCGAAGAAGCGUUCGGGGUUUGGUCCUCCGUCUUCCCCCUCGCCUUUUUCUUCUUCGUGCUCCGACUGUCACUCGCUCCGCAGAGGCGACGGCGACGCAAGCAGAACCCCUCUCCCUCCUGCUGUCGGCCUCACGACAGAGAACAGAGGCGAGGUGCGCGUGGAUCUCAGAGGAUGGUCAGACUCCCUGCUCGUGCGAGGCUGGCUGUCGGUCCUCGUUGCGGGCCUGAAGGGCUGUGCGCCCGAGACGGUUCUCGCUCUAACGACGGACGAGAUCCUGCGCGAGGCGGGGCUGAAGGCGCCGUCGACGUUGAGGUCUCCUGGCAAAGAGGCAGACCGCAGCGCAAGAGAGCCUCAGGAAGAAGGCCGGGCCGAAGGCGACGAAGUGCAACAGGGGGGUGAAGAAGACGGAGAGAGAGAAGAAAGGCGGAGGGCGAGGGAUGAAGAGAAACGCCGACUCGUUGUCCCGCAAGGUCUCGGGCACAUGCUGCGGUCAAUUCAACGGCAAGUCCGAGUCCAGCUCGGCCGCCUGCAGGAAGAGAAGACAGGAUGCACGGCCGAGGAAAAAGUGGGGGAGAGGAAGAACUCCGACAGGUCUCACGAACCGGCCGGACCUCCAGGACAAGGAGAAAAGCCGACAGCUGAGCUCGAGAGCGUCCCGGAUCCUCGCAGCAGGAACCGAGAGAAGGAAGCCGUCACUCUCCCCUCGUCUCCUCUUUCGUCUCCAUGCCGUCCGCGAGCUCCGCCGUCUUCCCUCGCCAGAGCCCUCGCUUCGUCGUCGCCUCUCUCUUCGUCCUCCUCAGAAAGUUCUGGGCCGGAGGCAGAGGCGAGGCGCGCUGCCCCUCCGCUGUCUGAGGAGAUCGCCGUGCUACUCAGUGGCGGAGUCGAUUCGUCUGUGUCUCUCCGUCUGCUCCAGCAGCGGGGCUUCUCGCCUCGGGCUUUCUUCAUCAAAAUCUGGCUGCCAGAGUAUCUGCUGGUGUCUAGACACCUCCCGCGCGAAGACACCGGCGAAAGCGCGCUUCCCGAGGCAGGCCGCGCGUGCGGCUGGAGAGCGGAUUUGACCUUCGCCGAGCAGGUUUGUCGCCAAGCGCGCGUGCCUCUCGAGGUCCUCCCGCUCCAAGAAGCUUACUGGGAAGGCGUGGUUAAGCAGCUGCUCGACGAGGCAAGACAGGGCCUGACGCCCAACCCGGACUGGUGGUGCAACCAGAGAGUGAAGUUCGGUGCGUUCCUCGACCUCCUGGACGGUCGGGAAAACCGCCGCAACCUCUCACGACAUAACGGAGACAAAGCGAGCGAAGCCAAAAACGCAGAGAGGCCUUCCUCCGCGUGGUCUUCGUGCUGGACCGGCGCGGUGGCGUCUGGGCAUUACGCCCGAGUUGUUCAUGACGCAGAGGCAGCGAGGUCUGGACAACGCGAAGGACACGAAAGAGAAGAUGAGCGAGGAGACAGAAGAACCAGGCUGUUGCGAGGAAAGGAUCGCCGGAAAGACCAAUCGUAUUUUUUGAGUGGGCUGUCGCAGAGACAGUUGAGACGCUUGCUGACACCCGUGGGAGAUAUGGAGAAGGUGGAGGUCCGUCGCCUCGCUGCGGGUCUGGCGUUGCCGACUGCGUCUCGACGAGACAGCCAGGGGCUCUGCUUUCUGGGCAAACUUCCUCUGUCGCUUUUCUUCCAGCAUUUCCUGGGGUCUUCUCCAGGCCCGGUGCUCCACUUCCCGUCCUGUCUCGCUCUCGGAACUCACGGGGGCCUCUGGAACUUCACUGUGGGCCAGCGGAAGGGCGUUACGCCCUGCAUAGACGUCGGUCGCAUUCGGAAACUUUCUUCUCGUUCCUCUCUGGACUCGCGUGCGGCUCCUUUCGGCAACCAACAGAAAAGGCAGACGAGGGACAGAAGCGAGCAGUCCAGAGGGCCCGGAGAACUUCAGAACUGGUCCCCGGCGUCAGAGUCGAGUGUACGUACACCUGGAACGCCGAACGUCCCCGAGCCGGCGGGCCCGGCGUUGGCCACGUCCGGCGAGGAGGCGACUGCGAAUCUUCGCCUCGAGAGAAACGCAUCAAAGAGGGAAAGUCGGCCCGGCGGGGCAGACCCCAACGCGCCAGACAGGAACCGAAACACCGUGGGUCUCGUGUGUACAUACAGCCGAGCUCCGCCGACUGACGGAGGUCGAGCGACAUCUCCGAGUUCGAGCUCCGCCGUGGACGGGAACGAAGUUCGCAAAGGUGGACGGAGCCGUCUCCCGCGUCCCGCUCUCGCCGCCCUUCUCUCGGAAACUUCCCAAAACGUUUUUGGAUCGGCACAUCCCCUUCUGCGCGGAGGCCGUGGCGCGACGAGUCUCGCAGGCCGUUGGGUUGUGGCGGGGAAGCAUCCCCCGUCGAACGCGCUCUUUGUUGUGAGCGAGAAAGAAAUGAAGGAUGCGGCAGCGGUGGCGGAAAGUGUCGGCUACUCGUUGGAGGUCCUCGCCGCGGGCGCCGGUGUCGAUACAGCGGCGGAGUCCCAGGCCACGUAUCUCCUCGCCUUCCUUCUCACCCUCCAGCAGAAAUUCUUGCGCGUUGACGACUUCCAGUGGAUUUCUGGCGCGCCGCCGCUUCGCCCUUUAAACGCGGUAAAAGAGGAGCAUCCGUGGGCGCCGCGUGCGUCCUUCCUCCACGCGCUUCCUAGUCGCAGCGAGGGAGUCCUGCCAUGGCGCCAAGCCGGCGACGAGAAGGAAGACGGCGACCUGGCGUUUCUUCGCUGGGCCCUCGAAGGCACGAAGGACAGGAGUCCCCGGGUGUACGACGUGCAGGUGCGGCACGCCGCGGGGAGCGCCUGUGCAGCUGUUCAUCGAAACGUCCGUCUUUGUCUCUUCCCUCCAGAGAAGGUUCUUUCCAAGGAAACUCUUUCCCGACCUUCCGUCCUUUCUUACCACAGCAAAGGGAGCAGAGCCGAGAGAACGCGUUGGCACUUUGGGGACCAGCGCUCCAGCAGCAGCCUUCCUGGUGUCUGGACAGCGUGGAUCGAGUUGCACGAACCGGAUGAAGGCCUUGCUCCCGGACAAAUCGCUGCUCUCUACGAAGGAGAAGAAUGUCUCGGUGCCGGGCGAAUCAGCCCCAGGCAAGGACACCUGGCCGUCGAGGCAGCGCUGCGGGCUGCGGGGCUGAGUUAG